AUGGCCACCCCACUCUCCCCGUUUGAAAACAAGGCCCGCAUCCACGCCCACCUCGGUUUCUUUGCCUUUGUCGUCGGGUUGCCCCUUGGAAUUCUGAUUUCGCGAUAUCUACGCACAUUCACGAAACACUGGUUCUGGCCGCAUGCCAUCGUCAACUUGUUCUUUGUGGGCCCUCUCGUAUUCGCCACCUUCGCCCUUGGAUACCAGCUCGUAAACACCUCCGGCAUCCCCCAUUUCUUCGACGUGCAUCAGAAAGUCGGCCUCGCUCUUCUCAUCCUCUACAUCAUUCAAGUUUGCUUGGGCGUCUUCAUCCACUUCAUCAAACUGCCUGCAUCUGUGACAGCCCGCAUUCCAGGUGGCCGCCCCCCACAAAACUACCUUCACGGUCUGCUGGGCCUGUCAAUAGUCCUGCUCGCCUGCUGGCAGACACACUACGGGCUCUGGCACGAGUGGGCAUUCAUCACAGGCAAUGCCCACCCCGUCAACUGGCGCUGCAAACACUUCUGGCUGGGUUUCGUCACCGCGGUUUGGGCGAUAUACCUCCUCGGCCUGCUUCUGCUUCCUAGGCAAUACAAACAGGAGCGUCAGAAUCGCAAAGAGAAGAGCGAAGGAUCUAAUGACGGCGUUCCUCUCAUUUGA